UUUCUUAGAUGUAUGAAAUCUGUAGAGAUAGAUAGAUAUAUAAAUGUACACAUUAAUUGUGUUGAUCCCUCCAGUGCAGUCAAACACUUCUGGAAAAUAUAUAUAAUAAAGACAAGAUGGUAACUCAACUAAAAAAGUAAUUGCGCUUGUACGCACAUCACAGCUUGACACUCUGGAGGAUAAUGCUUGUUGGAAUCCACACAGCGCCCUCUGCUGGUGAAAGAGAACUGCCAGUGUAAUACAAUAAAGACCAAAUGAAAUGAUAUUUGACUGCUGAAAAAAUCGAGUAAUAUCGGCGCAUAUUUGUGAUAAAAUUAGCCGAUACCGACAGUCCCUGUAUAUGAUUAAAAUUAGUCGAUAUUAUCGGCUGGCGGAUAAAUCAGUCGGGCUCUAAUAUGUAUUAUAGCUUAAAAACCAGAGGAGAAGCUUUUAUAAAUUCUAAUGAAACUGACAUUAAUUGGAGGCUUCAGUAACCAGCUGUUGCAUUUAUUGUUUUUAAGUGUCACAGAAAGUCACAGAGAUUCAAACGUGAGACUUCAAGUUCAAAAUGUGGACCGACCUCUGUACCGCGGGACAUAUCACUGCUUCCAGUCAAUCAUACGCCAGGAAUCGAUGCUCGGUCUGUACAAAGGCAUCGGCUCUCCAAUGAUGGGCCUGACCUUCAUCAACGCCAUCGUGUUCGGCGUCCAGGGCAACGCCAUGCGAAAGCUCGGCCGCGACACGCCCCUAAACCAGUUCUUGGCCGGAGCGUCCGCCGGCGCCAUCCAGUGUGUCAUCUGCUGCCCGAUGGAGCUCGCCAAGACGCGCAUGCAGCUGCAAGGGACCGGGGAGAAGAAGUCCAAGAGGAAGCUGUACAAGAACUCCCUGGACUGUCUGGUGAGGAUCUACAACAAGGAGGGAAUCCGCGGCAUCAACCGCGGCAUGGUGACCACCCUGCUGCGCGAGACGCCCGGCUUCGGGGUGUACUUCCUCGCCUAUGACACGUUGACGCGCUCCCUGGGCUGCGAGCCGGACGACCCCUUCAUGAUCCUAAAGCUGCUGUUUGCCGGCGGGAUGUCGGGGAUCGCCUCCUGGAUCUCGACCUAUCCCGUGGAUGUGAUCAAGUCCCGUCUUCAGGCGGACGGGGUCGGCGGGGUCAACCAGUACAGUGGCAUCAUGGACUGUGUGAGGCAGAGCUUGAAGAAGGAGGGCUGGAGGGUGUUCUCGCGCGGACUCACGUCCACUCUGCUGCGGGCGUUCCCGGUGAACGCGACCACUUUUGCCACGGUGACCCUGUUUCUAAUGUACAUGCGGGAGGGACAGGAGUGUAGCAUCCAGGACUCGGAGCUGCAGGCCGUCCAGCUGCAGACGCAGACGCAGCCGCUCGCUCAGCAGUGAGCGCCGCCUCGGCCAUCAGCUGAUCCAUCCAGUUCGUUUAAACUUCAUGCAGGUCUAUGAUCUGUUCACCCGGUGUCUAUAAUCAGAGAGCUGGACUGAUCCCAGGUAGGCAUCUGCCCAUGGAGCAUCAACAAAGUGACCACAUGUAGUAUUUAAAUAAUAUAUAUUUGAAGAGAAAAAGCUGCAUUUGUAAAUAUGGUCUAUUUUUAAAUGUCAUCGGUUUUAUAUACUUGUUUUUGAGUUUUUCAAACUUGAUGGUUACAGCGGUUCCUGUAUCACACUAACUGUACAGCGAGGGUUAGAGAUGUGAGAGUCAAAGAAACACUUUGUCUUUAAUUCUGCGCUCAGGUCACACUGGAGUCUGUUACGAACCCGUCUCCACCAUCAAACAUUCACUCACACGUUAUUGAAUACAUUUUUGUAAACAUUAAUGGGUUUGCAGUUUGCACUGUUUCUAUUUUUGCAAACUAACCACGGUGAAAUGAUUUGUGAUUGAAAUAUUUUUAAAUGAAUUUUUCAAGCCGUUUACCGGUCCAGUGUGAACCUGGCAUUUUUAGACCCUGUGUCCAUCUAGCAUCCUUAUUCUGGGCAGGAAUCUCUGGUCCUGAAGCGUUUGUGCGCUGAGAAGAAAAAGCGCUGCAUGUCCGUCCUGUCGCUAUGACAACAGUCUGUUAACAACGGCUGCUGUAUGACCAACACUGCUCAGUUACUUUCUACUGUAUGUUUUAGAGGUGAGAUCGUUUAUUUCCCCGAUCAGACCCGGAGCGAAGAGGAUGUGGGUACAAGAGAUAAUCUGUAUCUGUAUCUGUAGGCGGCAAAAAUACAGGAAAUGUCAUACAUUUGGAAAAGAGAGCCGGAGACAUCAACAGCGCCUUUCUGAAAAGUUGAAAGAUCUUUAACUUGAGCGCUCGGAGCGGCCGCACAAAAAAGCAGAGCGGAGCACUCGGGAAAAUAAAAAGACGCUAGGUGGACACGGGGCCAAAGUGAUUAAUUGUAAAUGUUACAAACACAAAGAAAGCCUACUGUCAACAUACAUGCACAUGCUCCGUCUGCCUGUACAUUUAUCUGAAUAUCUUUGAGGAUACAGCUGUGUAUAUAAAAUGUUACAAAGGGAAGCGGCUGGAUGUUUGAGCUGCGGAUGUUGUCUGAUGUUUUAAUUCUGAGGUUAUUCUGUGUGUGUCUCAGCUCUUUGUCUUCUCAAAUGAUCUUCUUUGGAUCCUGACCGUCAUGUAGAAACAAGCUCAGACGUCGCCUCGUUGUCGGGCGACAUGAACAAGUUAUCGCACAUUCUUUUGUGAUCGAGACUGGUUUUCCCACGACACAGUUGUUUUCUGAAAAAAACGUGACGCAGAUUUUCCUUCGUUUUGGUUGGACAUCGUUCAGUGUCCAAAGACGGCACCUUAUGGUUUGACCACUAAUGUAAGAAUGUGUUACAGCGUAAAUGGAUGACUUGUUAAAAGUGGGUUUUUUUUUUUUUUUUGGGAAGCAAAAUGGGUUUUAAAUCUUUCUUCGUCUGGAGUCAGUGGACGUUACAGCUCAUCCUUUUUAGCAGCUAUUUUAUUUUAAUUUGUUGAUUUAUUUUGGGGAUUUUUAUGCAUUUGUUUUAGAGACAGGAUGACAGUGGAUAGAGUCAGAAAUCAGAGAGAGAGAGAGAGAGGGGGAGUGAAUAUGAAAAGUUCACCAUUAAAGAUAGAACCUAGUUUUCAUGCUGAUGGUUCUGUUUGCUCUCAGCUUGUAAAUCUGACUCACAUGGCUUUUUAAACCACAGCACAGGAGCUAAGGACCCCUCUGCCCCCCUCUGCUCACCAGGACUAUCGUGAGAGGUCAAAGGGCAAACACAGUAAGAAACACUUCACAGUCUGGAGGUAUAAAGCAUUGACCAUGAUUGCCAAAUAAAAGCUUAAUACUGCAGGUUGCUCGUGUUACUUAAUGUGGUGAAGCUGUAUGACUCGUCCACCUUCACGUCUGUUUCUGCAGAACUGAAGCUGCUGUUACUUCUCUGCAGUCUGAGUUGCACACAUGAAACUGUCUUUUUUUUUUUUUUCUUACAAAGACAUAAUAAUGUGCAUUCUGUGAAUUUUUCCCAGGUCAUCCUUGAAGAGUAAAUGUUUUGGAAAAUGUCAAGAUUGACUGUAAUUACAUUUGUGUGUUUGUCUGCUUGGUCUUCUAUUUAAUCAUGUACAUGUGUCUUGGCUUUACCGGUGGAGGGUCACGUCUCUCUGUAAAGUCUUUCAUUGUGCCUUUGUCUUCUGCACUUGUCCGUGUACAAUAUCAUGCCCCAAAGCAGCAUGCAAAAUAUGAAUACUUUUAAAAAGAAUGGUGAAUAAAAGCCACAUUCUUCAGGUC